UCAGCAGUCAGCUCACUCCCUAUAUUCCCCAAAUACCUCAUUCCCCCCUACGCCUAUCCCAGGAAUCCGGCAGGGCGAGUUCUGCUACAGUAACAGACGAACAAAGAGAAAGCUGGAUUCGCUUUGUUGUUGUUCAACUCAGCUGCGCCGGCUACAGCAUGGACGACAGGCUCGGUUUGGCAGGGGUCGGUGUGGGUUUCGCCGGCUGGUUCUGCUCUUUGCUGACCCGCUUUCUCUCCGUUUGGACAGUGAGCGGCGCUGUCGACAACACGACUGACUCUCUGGCGCUGCACUGGGACGGAGUGUGGAUACACUGGGAACAAAGAGGAGACGGCUCUCUCCACUGCCACUUCAUCCAGGCAGUGUUGCACCUAACGGGCAGCUUCAGGUCCUGGAGAGCCCUCAUCACGGCCUCUAUCUGCAUCGGGUUCUCCGCGAACGUCCUUUAUGUGACGGGGCGACUGAAGUUCCCCCUGCGCUGGCAGGUGAAAGUUGUCUCUGGUGUUUUGUUUGUGCUCUCGGGUGUGCUGCUACUGGUGGUGUCCGCCUGGGUGUCACACAAGAGUUCCGAGACGCUGAAAAGUGCGAUACCGAUGGACAGGGAGUGGGGGCCGGCCCUGUACACCAGCUGGGUCGCCACCGCGCUGCUGGUGGCCGGAGGAGGUACUCUGGUGAGCACCUGUUGUCUGUCUCCUCAUCCAUCCUCUCCACCGGUUCAGUACGCCAGACCGUCUGCACCUUACCCGGAAGCGGACCCGCUCGGCACCAUCAACAGUGCGACUUUCCCCUCACCUUACUGCCCGACCACACAGCCAGUGUGAAGAGAAGCAUUGUGGGCCGCUUGAAAGGCAAUAGGUUUGGGCGCUGCCAUAAAUAGCCUAGGCUACAUGACAAUGAUACUGUAGCCUCUGGUGCCCCCCUUCUGAAUGGACCUAAUCACGUCGGCGCCCCUUUGAAAAGCGAACUUUAACAGUGCAUGUGCAUAUGGACAAUAUGAUACUGGGUUAACAAGGUUGCUUUAAGCAAUUUUCCAGUAGUUAUGGCUUCUCCCUCAACAGAGUUCCCAUUUCUUUUUCAAUGGGCUAUUGUAAUCCAUAGGCCUACAUCAUGGACAGAUUUAUUAAGCAUUGUUUACUGCACUUUUACUAGGCCUAUUAAGGCGAUUUA